AUGAUUGAAGCAGAGGAAACAGAGAUCACGAAACAGAAACUCAUGAAAGAAUGUGGGCAAUUAAAGGAGAAAUUGGUUGUAAGAGAGAAGGAAUUGUUUUCCCUCUCUAGAGAAGCACAUCAGGUUAAUGAGAGUAAAGUACCGACUCAGAUAAAGGAAUUAGAACGCAAAGUUUCUAGCUUGAAACUCGAGAACAAAAACUUGUGCACCCGAAAGAGAGAACUUGAAGAGAAAGUCAAAGGUCGAGGCAAGGAAGCUAAACAACUAGGAGAGGAAAAUUCAGGACUGCGAUCCCGUAUUUUAGAACUUGAAAUGACAUCCAAAGAGAAAGAACAUACACUUUCUGCUCUUCGAAGGAAACUUGAGGAAAAUGAGAGUAACUCGAUGUCUAAGAUUGAGGAUUUGAUGGCACGCACCAACAAUUUGCAAUUGGUAGUGGACACUUUGCGAGCUCAAAAAGGCGAAUUGGAAGAACAAGUGUUGUUCAAGAGCAAUGAAGCAUCGGUUGAAGUGAAGGGCGUACUGGAUCAGAUUAAUGUUUUACAACAGGAGCUGCAUUCCCUAACCAGCCAGAAAAGUGAAUCAGAAUCGUCUGUAGAGAAAGUAACUCAAGAAAUAUCACAUUUCCUCAUUCAGAUAGAAAAUUUGAAAAAGAAGUUAGAAAGCAAGACAAUGGAUUUACAGAGAAUGCUAGAAGAGAAAGUGGGUUUAGAGAGACAAGUGAAGGACCUGGAGCUAGAAGCGGGUUCUCUACGCAGCAAGAAAAGUGAGUUGGAAGAACAGAUGAGAAGUAAAAAUUAUGAGGCUGAUCAGUUGAGAGAAGAAAAAGAAGGGUUACAUGUUAGAAUCUAUCAGUUGGAGAAAUCAUUAAAGGAGAGGAUUGAUGAACUCUCUGCUCUCCAAAUGAAGUUUGAGAAUUUUGGAAAUGAUUCAUCUUCUCAGAUUAAGGCUUUAGUAGCAGAGUUGGAUUCAUUAGGGGGUGAGAAAACCCAACUGGAGUUGAAGAUUGAAAGAGAGAAACAAGGCUUAAUGGAGAGAUUGACUUGGAUGGAGAAACAGAACAUUGAAUUGACAAGCAAGACCGUGGAACAUCAAACAACUAUGAAAGGCCAAGAAGCUAUUAUCAACAAGUUGAACGAUGAGCACAAACAAGUUAGAGAUCGGUAUCUUGAGUCCAUGCUGAACCUGCAAAUUGCAGAGAGAAAGAUUGAAGAGACUGCAGAAGAAUUUCGCAAGAAAUUUGAAGAUAGUCUCCGUAUCUUGAGCAGGAGGAUCCGUGUUGCAGAACAGUUACACGUGGAGAACAAAGAUGUGUACAGAAAGACGAAAGAGACAUACGAGAAACAACAAACGGACCUCAAAGAAAGGGUUGCAACUUCUGCAAUCGCGGUCAAGAAAAUGAAGGAAAUUUCGCUGACGGCAAAUGAUAUCUUGACUGGUUUAGAUGUGGUGGCACUGAAAUUCGAGGAGUGUAGUGGGAACUUCUUGAAUCGAAUUUCCAAGACUUCUUGUGAAGUCUUGUUUGCGAAGGAUUGGGUGAGAAGGAAAAACAAAGCGAUAAAGCACGUUCAGGAAGACGUGGAUUGUCUGCUUUCACAGCUGGAUACGAAGGAAGCAGAGAUAUUGGGACUGAGAGAGAAGGUUUGGAAGUUGGAGAAUACGGUGAGAGAAUUGAAGAAGAUGGUGAAAGAGAAAGAGGAAGGAAUGUUGGGUAUGAAGGAGGAGAAGAGAGAGGCUAUAAGACAGUUAUGUGUGUGGAUUGAUUAUCAUCGGAGUCGAAGUGAUUAUCUCAAGAAAAUUCUCUCUGAUAUGAUUGCUGUUAGAAGCCAGAGGACACCAUAGAACAUUUUCUUGAUUGUUUUCCAUUCAAUUUUUGGUAACUUUUUCUUAAUGAAUCAUUAACAGUUUUGUUCAUUCUUUCAACUAGACAGUUGGUGCCUACUGAAUAAAUACUAUGGGGGGUAUCUGUCAAACAUCAUAGUCUGUGAAUCAUGUGAAAGUU